UGGAACCCGCGGCUAGGCGGCGGGAGGGCUGGGACAGCCGGGCAGAGCCGCAGCUGCAGCAGGACGGCCCGCCGGCGCCUCCGGGCCGCGCGCCGCGAACCUCGCAGGGCGGGAGGGCGCGGCGCCCCCUGCCUGGCCGCCUGUGACCCGGGAGGCCGCCCGCGCGCGACGGGACCAGCAGCAUGAGCAGCGGCUACAGCAGCCUGGAGGAGGACACCGAGGACUUCUUCUUCACCGCCAGAACCUCUUUUUUCAGGAGAGCUCCCCAGGGCAAGCCCCGCGCCGGCCAGCAAGAUGUGGAGAAGGAGAAGGAAACCCAGAAUUACCUCACCAAAGAGGAAGUCAAAGAGAAAGUUCAUAAAUACAAUUUAGCAGUCACAGACAAAUUGAAGAUGACCUUGAAUUCAAAUGGGAUUUACACUGGCUUCAUUAAAGUACAGAUGGAACUCUGCAAACCCCCACAGUCUUCUCAGAACCCUGGAAAACUCGCUGCCAGUAGCAAUGGCUGUAUGAAUACACUUCAUAUCAGUAGCACAAACACUGUCGGGGAAGUGAUUGAAGCCCUGCUCAAGAAGUUUCUCGUGACCGAUAGCCCUGCCAAGUUUGCACUUUAUAAGCGUUGCCACAGGGAAGAUCAAGUCUACGCCUGCAAGCUGUCAGACCGGGAACAUCCGCUCCAUCUGCGUUUGGUAGCAGGGCCCAGGACAGAUACACUUAGUUUUGUUCUUCGUGAGCAUGACAUUGGAGAGUGGGAAGCCUUCAGCCUUCCAGAACUACAGAAUUUCUUGCGCAUCUUGGACAAGGAAGAAGAUGAGCAGCUGCAGAACCUGAAGAAGCGCUAUAUGGCCUACAGACACAAGCUUGAAGAAGCCCUCAGCGAGGUGUGGAAACCUGAUUAAAGCAUGGGGCUCACGGCCACUCAGGAACUGUGCAGGCUUGUCAGAGCAUGUGCAACGUGCUCAACUACGUAUACAACAGCAGCAGGCAUCUCUCUCGUCGGAGGGCUGUUUUCUUGCCCCAUGAUGCAAGGGUCUUCUCCUCCAUAUCUCUAGACUUAGUUCCCAAAACCAGGUCACACAGCAUCCUGCAGCUUAAGUAUCCUGUGUAAGGGCCUCAGCAAGCUCCUUAAGUUAUAGCCUCGCGGUGUUAUGUCUCUGCAAGCUGUGAAUCUGUGGUCAUGGUUAGGCAGCAUUCUAGAGUGCUUUGAAGCAUCAACCCUGUCUCUCCCCUGCCAUCCACACCCCCCACCCCACCCCUUUUUUGCGAUUUUAAUUAUGUGAUGAUGAUAUGAUGAUGUUAAGCUUAGGAUGUGCAAAUGAUUUUUUAAAAGCUUAACAAGGAAUCUAUUUGAAUACUUACUCUAUGUUGAAACUACCUGUUUUUUGUUUUGUACCAUUUUUUUUUAUGUCAAAGGAAGUCAUCCAUGUGAAUUGAAAGGCACAGGAAGCUAGGAACUUGGACUUUGUGAAGGAUUUUGUAGGAAUCUGACAAAGAAAGUAAAGAGCAAGUUUGUAAGAAGGCCUGAGUAGAGGGCUCUGAGGACGGGAUCACGUGGUUUAUUAAGUUCAUGGUAAAGGAGACAAGUGUAUUUGCAUGUAAACAAGUAUAAAAACAUCCAGUUUUGAGUUGUUGAAUCCAUUCUAGUAUUGCUUAAUUCCCUAAUGGGUAUUAGGAAGGUAGGAGCUAAGCCUAAAGGAGGAAUUCAUCAACUCUGGAGGUACAAGGAGAAUCUGGCAUCAGACAGGUGGAUCCCACAGACGCGGCUAGAGAUGAGCCUUACAGGCAGUUGGAUCUGACUUUUUGGGUUGCGCUACUUGCUCUGUUUUUUCCCUUAUGCAGUGGAAAGUCUAAUUGGUGUAGCUACUCUGGGUAGGUGGAGCAGUUUCUAAGGACUUAGGACCAUUUGCUAACUCCAGUUAAGUUGUAGUUUUUCCCCAAGGUGGUUUUCAAGGUUAUAAAGGAGUUUGGGUAAGAGGGAAGGGUUGGGAACAGCUAUUUUUUUUCCUUGAUUGUUAGCUAUGAGGUUUAUCAAGUUAAGGACUCAGAAAACUUUAGUGACAAUCAUUCUUUUUAUUCCUCCCUUCCUUUGUUUUUCCUUUUUCUUUCCUUUCUUUCUCCUCUUUCCUUUUCCUUCUCCCUUUUAUAAACUGAAGUUGGUUCUUGCAUAAUGUAGAACAUGGGUAUUGAUUAAAGAAGUACUACCAGAUCCUUGGUUCUGAAAGAUGACUUGAUUGUAAGUAGGAACGCAGCAAGAAAGACAGGGAGGUCUGUGCCCAGCUGGCCGCACCACAGAGGGUCUUUAUGGAAAUAUUUAUUUUAACGUAAGUGCACGUUUCUGCCAACCAAAGAAAUGCAUGUGCAAUAGAAGCCUUCCUCAAAUCAGGUUAAAUAACCUCAUUUUAUGCACCCAUUUAUCUGAGAACAAUGAGAAAGUUAUGCUGUGGUUCCAGAGAGGCCUUAAGUCUAUUUUUAGUCUAGAUAUUUUUUGUUUAUAAAUUCCCAAGGAAUUGUUAACAUGUUUGUGACACCUAAUGGAUUCUUUUUGAAAUUCCAAGGUGCUUCAGUUCUUUGCCUUAUGUGAACUGUGCCUUUUAUUACGUUUCUCUUCUGACUUUUUGAAGAAUACCCAUCUUGUAGGAGGCAGAUUUAAGUGUUGCUUUUGCUGUGUCACACAAGUUGCUGAGACAAAUCAUACCCUUCCUAAGCUUUUAAGGAAAGUUAAAAAAAAAAAAAAAGUAGAACUAGCUAUAAAAUAUGUAUGGCACAUCUUGUUUAAUUUUGCAUGUAAUUUCUUUUUAGUGCAUUGAUGCGGUUUUAGUGACAUUGUCACCCAUCACUUUAUCGUUCAGGGAAUGCUUUCGUGAUUUUUAUACUGGUUUUACUAUUCAGACUGUGGCUUGGGUUUGAGUAUCCUGUUACCAACCAUCUGGUCUUUUAAUUACCCAUCCUGUUCAUAAGUAAGUUUAUAUUUUGUGAAGCAUUUGUUUCUCAGACUAAGACACUGUUAGAACUUAAAGUGGUAGCUGAUGGGUAUCUGUGAAAUUUUUUUUUUUUUACUUGAAGUAGCUUGUCUAAAAUAGGCAUCCUCAUCUGUAUUAUCCAGAACCUCGUUACUGUCAUGUGCACUACAGGUUGUGAUUUGGAAAACUUACUGUAUUGAAAUUCUGUCAGUCCAUGGUUCUUGGAAGACUGAUGUUCUCUCCUAAACACUGGUUACUGCAGCAGCAUUUUUAAUGUUUAAAAGAAGAAAAAGGCCACUAAGGCCAAAGAAAAAUUUUUAAAACUAAUUUUACAAAUUCUUAUGUUAAGCUAUCUAAGCUUUGCUGGAAUACUGUUUUCUCUUCAAUAUGUGCUGGUACAGGAAAGAUAUUAAGUGAAGGGGUAGUAUUGCAGGGGAGCAUUUUAAAUUGCAGAAGUAGAAAGUUAUAAUAUUUAUAAUUUUGAUGAGUUUAAUUUUAUUUUUUAUAGGGAAGGUUUUUUUCCCCUAAAAUUGUUUCUGGAAUGGCCAAUUGUUUCCAUUAUUAAAAACUGCAGUUUUUAGUUGA